UGUGUUUAUAUGCAUUUGUGUACGAAUACGUGCACACAAGCGAGUGUUAUCGACUCGAGAAAAGGAAAACAAAACGAAAGAUCUUGUCAGCUGUCCAAAGGUGCGAAAUGCGUUGACAGCUCGGCGAUACCGCGACCCUGCAAAAACCACCUAUUAAUAACCCCGCGUUCUCAAGUUUUCGCACUCUGAUGUAUGCAGCCUUGGGCCACUUUAUGUUUCGCGCAAUCCACCGAUCAUUUUAUUCGCAGCAGUUGAGUUUUGCGGAGGUUGAAUAUUCCUUCGUCUAAACCAUUGUGCGGCAAUGACAUCGAGUGCGAAAAACUGCCUCUCAAUCGCGAGCGAGUUCAACCGAAUAUUCGAGGUUAACCGCGUAUUUGUUAAUCCGUGUAGCAGACGAUACAGUCAGCUGUCAAAUCCAUGGAGCAGCUGGAGAGGGGGAAACUCAUUGCCGCCGCUUUCGUCGAUAACUUUCCGUCCAGCCACGCCUCGUAGUUCAGCCCUCGCCGUUCCGGAUCGAACUCUAUUCCCUCGUUUGUCAACGCUAAUAACAACUGCACCGACAGCAACAACAACAACAAGAAAAACGAUUAUAAAUGCGGCUUGUCUCGCUCCGAUCGCCAACGUAAAUGCAAAGAGACUUUAUUCAUCAAAAGUGUCAAAAACCAUGGGAGUCUUCAGGUUUUCCGACUACGAUUGCGUCGGCUUCGACCUAGAUAACACCCUUCUUCGCUACAAUGUCACCAAUAUGGUUAACCUUGAGUACGAGUGCUUGUCAAAAUUUCUCGUUGAAAAACGUGGCUACGAUCCAAAGUAUCUGUACAAACCGCUCGCUCUCCAAGAUUACGACUUCAUGCAGAAGGGCCUGGUCCUUGACUUUGCUAGGGGAAACGUGCUCCGAUUUUCACCCACUGGAACCAUUCUACGCGCCAGUCACGGGACAAAGAUACUCUCCGAGGAAGAGCUAGACACCAUCUAUCCCGAUCGACGGUGGAACGUCACCGACGCUUUUACCUCCGACCUCCUUGUCACUUGGAAUGGUCCGCUGUCGGAACAAAUGCGGACGCUUUUGGACUACUUUGACAUGCCGGCAUCCCUUGCAUUCGCCAAGAUCAUCGACACGAUAGAUGAAAAUAACGGUGGAAAUAGUCCUCCCAGCCAAUAUACCGUGUGGCCCGACGUCCUCGAUGGAUUGAUCGACAUGUUUGACCGAGAAAAUUUUUCCAAGGAUGAUGGAAAAUAUUUUCCUUCCCUGAAGGGAAACCCGGAUAAAUAUCUUCACAGGUCCAGUCAGAAACUGAUUUCAUGGCUCAAGGAGCUCAAGCAGACCAGAGUGACGUAUCUUAUAACUGGCUCGAAUGCUGACUUUGCCAACUUCACGGCCUCCUAUGCUCUGGGAAAGGACUGGAAUUCCUUAUUCGACAUCGUAGUCUGUUACGCUAAGAAACCAGGUUUUUUCACUGGUUCUCGUCCGUUCCUCAAGCUGGAUGGCUACUCGGAAGGCGAAAUUGCGACUGCGUCCGAAUUGAAAAGGGGGGGUGUAUACAGUCAGGGAAACUGGAAGGAUUUGAAAGAAUUUUUCGUCAGCCAGACAGGAAAGACUUCACCUUCCUGUCUCUACGUCGGCGAUAACCUUAUACAGGAUAUCUACACUCCGAAAUGCCACGCCUUUUGCGAUACGGUUGCAGUUGUUGAGGAGCAGCUUGCCGAGGGGAUGCAGGAUCACAGUUUGUCUCACUCUGACGAACAGAUUUUAAACUCUAAAGUUUGGGGUUCGUACUUUCACAUAGAGGGCAAGAACAAGGUUUCACCUUCACUCUGGAGUCAUGUGAUAAAUAAUUACUCUAAGAUAUGUGUACCAUCGGUAGAAUUCAUCGCCAAAAAUUCUCUAGACACUCCAAUGAAGAGCUUUGGUCUUGAAGCGGACAGAAAACUAAGCGGGUUUUAUCCUGGAAAACCAAAGAGCAUCGUUGCACUUUGAUGAGCCUGUACAUUAUUAUGGGGAAUCUGUGUCAAGCUAAAUUUUUACGGACAUUAUGUUUUUUUUUCUUCUUUUUAAAGCUUUUACUUAAUUUACACAAAUAAUAGAAAAUAUUCAAAUUUAUACCAAAAUAUGCUCCGUAAACAAUUAUUACUGGUUAAAAAAACAUGUCACUGCCAUACUGAUGACCAGCACUGAAGAAUUACGAUUUUAAAACUGCGACAACUGAUGCUCAAUGAAUUUGGAUUAACUGAAAUUUUUCUUUGAUAAUAAUACAAACAAUAAUAAUUUUAAGAAUAAUUAUGAUGAUAAUAAUUAUGAAGAAGCACUGCGAUUAAUUUUAACAAUAGCUUACAUAUAAAAUUAUAUGACAAAUAGAGUUUACAUACUUACAUAUAGAAAUGAAUGCAUAAUAAUAAGUCAGUUUAGGUAAGUUGAGGAUCGUGGUUGUGUAAUGCAACGGUUGUACAUAAAUAAUAUAUCUAUAUAUAUAGUGGCGAGUAUUUGCCUUUGAUACAUCGUUGAUCGAAACAAUAAAAAAUUAUAUUUUCGUUUUAAA